AUGUUUAGAAGUUUGCCAACAGUUGAGGGCUGCGGUCCAGUGACCGUCGAGAACCGCGCCAUUGAGGGCGAGGUAGCUGCGCCCCACUCCUACCCCUGGAUGGUCGCCCUCUUCAUCGACGACGCUUACUUCUGCGGCGGCGCCAUCAUUGAUGACCAAUGGAUUCUGACAGCGGCGCACUGCAUGGACGGGGCAGCAAGUGUGGAGGUUGUCGCCGGUGUCAACGAUCUCCGGCAACCCGACCGCUACCAAGUGUCCCUAACUUCUACCGACUUCACAGUCCACGAAGAGCUUGAAAAUAUCUCUCCCGUGUGUCUGCCGUCUAAGAGUACUGCUGAGCUGGAAGCUGGAGAUAAAUUCGUCCUCUCUAGUUUGGGGUUCAACGAUGACGUCAUACUCCAGAACUUGGUGGUUCUUAGCAACGACGAAUGGCUGUGUCUUCAGGCUUCUUCAGGCGUAGUUUGCGCCGAAAGCACAGGAGUUUGUAUUGUAGGCUUCACGGAUGGCUUCACCAGCGUCACCCACUACCUCGACUGGAUCUCUGAAAAAACUGGCAUCGUCAUCGAUCCUUGA